AUGGCAGCAACCCAUCCGCAUAUCGCGGCACGAGGGUACGGGUCGAACGCCACAUACAUAUAUGAGUACUCCAGGGGGCUGGGUGGUGUGGACGUCCCCCGCGAUGUGAUCUUUACUCAGAUCAUCUACACUUCCCUGGCCAUCGUGGCAUUCGUCUUGUUCUGUGGCCGAGUCGCCCAGAUCAGCCAUGCAUAUCUACGACAAAUCACUGCAUCUAGCGCAAACAAGCAACAGCAGACCUUCUGGGCCCAGGAACAGUCAACAUGGUGGUCCAACAUCAAGAAAUACAUCCUAUACGCCCCAUUAGGAAAGAAGCGACACAACCGGGAACUACAGCUCUCUUCCGCUGUCAAUGUCGGCACCUUACCCUCCCGACUGCAGACCAUCCUGGUCGGGCUAUACUUCGCCAGUCAACUCGCGUACUGCCUCAUCCUGGACUACAGUGUCAACAACAAGGCAGCUUUGAUGGCCGAGCUGCGCGGCCGAUCCGGGACGCUGGCCGUCCUCAACAUGAUCCCGCUCUUCCUCCUCGCGGGCCGAAACAACCCCUUGAUCCCAUUACUCCACAUCAGCUUUGACACAUACAACCUCCUCCACCGCUGGCUGGGCCGCAUCGUCAUCUUCGAGUCAGUCGCACACACAGCCGCAUGGGCCGUCAAUGCGGUCGACGAGGAAGACUUCGCCCGCAUGCUCAUCCGCGUACGUGAUACCCCUUUCUUCCUCUGGGGCCUGGUCAGCACAGCCGCAAUGGUCUUCCUUUGCCUACACUCCCCCUCACCCAUCCGCCACGCCUUCUACGAGACCUUCCUCCACCUGCACCAGCUGGCCGCAGUGUUCGCCUUCCUCGGCGUAUACCUGCACCUGCAGAUAGACGAUCUCCCACAGCAAAGCUGGGGUCACACGAUCGCCGCAAUCUGGCUAGGCGACCGACUCGCGCGACUCUUCCGCCUCGUCCACCUCAACAUCUCAACCUCCGGCACAACAACAAUGGUCGUAGAAGCCCUCCCCGGCGAAGCCUGCCGCGUAACCUUCCACCUGCCCAAACUCAUCCACAUCGAACCAGGCUGCCAUGUCUUCGCCUACAUCCCGCGGAUCUCAUGGUGGAUGUCACACCCCUUCUCAAUAGCCUGGGCGGAACCCAGCACGAGCAGCACAGCAGCCUUCCUCCCUUCCCCAACCCAAUCCCCACCAACCCAAGGCAAAGGAUACACCGACCUAGAAAAACAAUCCAACCUGCCCGCCAAACCCUCCAAACCCUCCACACAAGUCUCCCUCAUAAUCGGCGCCCAAAAAGGCAUGACCCGCCGCCUCUACAACCUCGCCAACGCCUCCCCCUCAAAAACCCUCACGCUAGGAGGCUUCAUCGAAGGCCCCUACGGCUCCCACCCAACAAACCCCCCCAGCUACGGCACAACAGUGCUCUUCAGCGCCGGCGCAGGAAUAACCCACCACCUCCUCCAAACCCGCGCGCUCGUCACCGCCGCCGCGCAAAACACCGCCGCAACGCGAAAAGUCUACCUGAAUCUGGUCUGUCCGUUCAACAGACCACCUCACCUGGGUAAGCAGCUUCAUGGACCAGAUCCUGCGCCUGCCGAAUCGGCGGGAUAUUCUCGUCGUGAAGCUUUUCAUCUCGAAGCCGCGUCGCGCGGCGGAUAUCGUCAGUCCGUCCGCGACGGUGCUUAUGCAUUCCGGUCGCUGUAG